AUGGGUUCCACCAACAGACACCCGUUCUCUAGAGCUCGCAAGGUACAGGCUCUUAUCUCGCUGAUUUCGUGGCCGUUCGCUCUCGCCACUAUCUUUACGACUCGUUAUAGCCCUCACGCAUGGAUCCAGUUAAUUACAAUCACGAUUUCUAGCACCAUGCCUAUAUUCAUACUCUUUAGGUAUCGCGUAUCCGGAAGUCAAUCCUAUUCGCUUAUCGAAAUCGCCGUUGAUGCAUUGAUGGCUUUAUUCUUACUCGCGGUAUACAUUGCUGGAAUAGCCCUCCUUGCUACCCAGGAGAUUAGCAAAUGGGAUUCUCCCUGGGACUAUCGGCUUGCUCUCGGUAUUCCGCAGAUCUACUCCAACCUCUCAUGUAUCCUCCUUUGUCCGUUAUAUUUGCGCUGCUUUGCUCAAGGGUACUUACACCGAUGCAUCAAGCCUAUGCUCAAGGCCGGCUGUGUUAACUACACCCUUUGCCCAGCCUGUGACCAAUCCGUGGAUGCUCCUGUGGAACAGAGUCAGGAGAUUACCAUGACUGCAGGGGAACAGGGAAGAUCCUCUGUCUCGACAGAUAGCUUUCGGGGUUUGUAUACUGGAGAUGUUGAAUCCCAGCCGUUACUACCCGAGAUCUCCUUGGGCGAAGAGGGUAAGCAGACAACUGGCAUCGUGACCAAUAACUGA